AGUGAAACACACAACAGGGCCUCCCACAGCCACAGCAGCACUGUAGUUGAACCUGAGUACAACAAAAAGCUUCCUAAAAAUAUUCGGAAACGCCUGCAAACUGAGAGAAACAUACUAGAAAGACUUCCAUAUGAGAUUUUAUUGAAGAUUGUUUCUUAUCUUGAUGCUACCUCCCUGUACUACCUCAGUCAUGUAAACAAAGUAUUUUGUCAUCUGGCAAAUGAUGAUCUGCUAUGGCAAAAGAUUUACAUGACACAGUUUGGGGUGACCACACCGUGGUGGAUGGACUACUCCAGGCCUAGAGUCGCACCAGGUCGCAGUUCCAAUGGUUUUUGGAAACAAAAGUAUUUCAAAGCACUUGCUGGGCAAGAGUUCAACCAGUGGAGACACAAGCUUAAAGACAUUAACCCAUACACUGGUCUACCCAAGCAGACUGAAUGGGUGUUGAGAAGUCUAAAUGUGAGCUGGCAUUUAAGAGUUCAUGAUUAUUUGGGCCAAGAGGUCACACUGGAACCAAGCAAAGUCUACUUCUUUGAAACCUCCGUCAUUGUCCGAUGGAGCAGUGAACGUUUGCCUUUCUUUAACCAGAUCAGCUGCCUGGAGCUCCAUGGACUGAAGAAGGAGACACACCCUGAUAGGCCCCAGUGGCAUUCUCUAAUGUUGAGGCAGGAUAGAAUAGACCAUCCUCAAAUGAUUGGCAAAGACAGACUAAUCAAAGUACUGUUUAUAUCACCAGGCUUCAUUGUUGGCAUCUGGAGGGGUCAGAAGGCCAUUGCCUUCAUCAUGUUCUGCCUGCACUUUCACAAGCUGGUAGAACAAAGCCUCUUUGGAUUCCCUGUGAACCCAUAUUUUGAGCCAACAGUGAGGUGGCCUCAGGACAGGUCUGACCCAAAGUUUGGGCUACAUGGGUACAGUCUGCACUUUGUGCUUCACAACACUGGGGCAGAGAUCAUGUCUGAAUACUUUCCUGACAUCUUCUGUCGCUCAGUUGCAGAAGGUUCCAUGGCACUUGGUGUGAUUUACAAGAACAACCUUUCUGGUCAUCGAUCAUUGUCGGGGAACAUUCGACUUCCGUGGAAAAUCAAUGAGCUAGAGGGGUCCAUAGAG